CGAAACUGUAAUAAGAUUAUUUUUGGCCCAGUAGAACUGCAAUUGGUGGGGAUCAUGUUGGCGGUUUUGGUUUUUUUAUUGGCUUUAGAAGGUCUGCAUUUUGCCACGUCAGAUACUUUGGAGACAAUAAAUUUGCACAACUAUCCAGGGGAGAAAUAUUAUGUAGAGACUCCCGAUGGCUACAUCCUGACACUGUUUCGCAUUCCGUAUUCGCCGUCUCUUCGCAAUGAGCACCUUCCCAAGAAGGUUGUCUUCCUUCAGCACGGCCUCAUUGGUUCAUCGGAUUCUUGGCUGCUGACCGGUCCUCAAUAUGCCCUGCCCUACGUGUUGUCCAAUUCGGGCUAUGAUGUGUGGCUGGGAAAUUCUCGGGGGAAUCUCUACGGACGAAAACAUACAAAAUUCAGCCCUAAAAAUGAAGAGUUUUGGAAGUUCACUUUCCACGAGAUGGGACUCUACGACCUACCCGCCCAAAUCGAUUAUGUGCUAAAAAUCACGCGGCAGGAGGAACUCUAUUUUGUAGCCCACUCUGUUGGAGGCACUGAGUUCUUAGUCAUGCUCUCUGAGCACCCGCAGUACAACAAAUUCUUCAGGUCUGUCCAUUUGCUGGCUCCGUUGCAUUUCUGCAAACAUAUAAAAUCUAAACUUUGGUCGAUGGUUGCGAAAGCCUCUCCCUUGAUGAGGGAUGAGCAGUAUUCGGCCAGCAGCUUGACGUCCAGCGCAAUGAAUAUGCUUUGCAAGCUUGCAUUAUCCUCUUUGUGCCAAAAUAUAAUGUUGGACCUCAUUGGAGGAAAUUCAUCUUAUAUUAGUGACGACAUCAGGCCGAGAAUCGCCUCAGUUGAGUCCAUGGGAGUUUCAACUCGUCUAAUGAAGCACUUUGCCCAGUUGUACGAGUCAGAUCACUUUGCCAAGUAUAGUUAUGGAAACGAGGAGAAUAUUAAAAGGUACGGUCAUGACACUCCGCCGGAUUACAUCCUGAGGAAUGUGAAGCCUGCCGGACUGUUCUAUGUUUACCACAGCGAAACGGAUGACUUGGUGAGCAAUACGGAUAUGAACCAUUUGACCAACGCAGUGCUUAACAUUCUCUUGCGGCGUGUGCCGGUCGCUAAUUGGAAUCAUCUGGACUUUGUCUUCGCCAGAGAAGCUGAGAAAUUAAUUUACAGGCAAAUCGUGACCAAUAUGGCAUUGAGUCCUUCGAUUCCUCUUCCAAAAAAUACUACUAUUAGCUAAGAUAUGUUCCUUUUUUUAACUGCUUUGUAUACCUAGGAGAUAUUGUGUUUCUUAAAACUUUGGAAAAUUGUUUAAGCUUUAAAGAAUGGCUAAUAGAAACUUUAAAAGAAUUAUAUAUUUGAGUCUAGGCUCAUAAUAAAGACAACACGGUAGUUUGCAUCCAUGCAAAAUCUUGAUUAGGCUAUAUCUGAUUGAUUUUCCAUACCUCAACUAAAAUAAAACAAAAUUAUAUUCUUAAAACCUA